GUUUCAUUGAAGAGAGACUGGUCACAGCAGCAACAAGUGAAGACUGAAGUGGAGAUCCCAUUACUUGCAUUGAGCUUUGCACCAUUUGAUACCCAUGGUGUGUCUUGUCCAAAUGGUAAGAACAUCGAAUGAAGCUCUUUUAACUAAUGGGGUAACAAAACUGAAACUCCUGCACCCAGAAACUUCAAAUGCUGCACCAGGGCAUUUGAAAGCCCUGAUUAAUCACCGUCCUGUUGUCUUAAACAUGACUACAUUCAGAAAUUAAGAGGAAGAAUACAAAUCGGGUCGGACAUGGUAAAUAAACCGAUGCCUGCUCUGUUUAGGAAACCCUUCAGAGUGGCUGGUUUAACACUCCACAGGGCUCUACUCUUAAUGCUUGUGUUUGUAGAGCCUGUUUUAACCUGCCCCAAAAUCUGCCACUGUGCUGAGAAAAAUGGCAUGACAGCUGUGCAUUGUGCCUCCCGUAACCUGGAAGAAAUCCCUAACGACCUGCCGGGAGAUACUGUGUCUUUGUUCUUGGACUCAAACAGAAUCACCAAAAUACCAAACAAUGCCUUCAAAGAUCUGAGCCAUCUCCAGGAGCUGGACUUGUCCAAGAACUUGAUCGAAAUCAUCGACAUCGGAGCCUUCAACGGCGUGGCCGAGGGCCUCCGCUUACUGGACCUUUCCAACAACCACAUCCAGAGUGUGCCCAAGGAGGCCUUUUCCAAACUAAAGGCAAAAAUCCGCCUCUCUAAUAACCCAUGGCACUGUGAGUGUGUCCUGCAGGAGGCCUUGCGGGAGCUGAAGUUAGAUCCGGAGACAGUCAAUGAGAUCAGCUGCCAGACCUCUGUCCAAGAGGAGUAUUCAGGCAAGCCCUUGAUCCAGGUUCUCGACUCCGGCAUUAACUUUUGCAAUUUUCACCACAAGACCACUGACGUGGCGAUGUUUGUCACCAUGUUUGGCUGGUUCACCAUGGUCAUCUCAUAUGUGGUGUAUUACGUGAGGCAUAACCAGGAAGAUGCCAGACGGCACCUGGAGUACUUGAAGUCUCUCCCCAGCACUCAACUUACCAAGGACUUUGAUACCAUUAGCACUGUGCUUUAGCUCUGUUUUAUUGUAAUGGAAUUCAAAUAUUCAUUCCCUCAGUUUCUGUAGUGUACAGCAGUUCUGAAAGAUCAGGAUAGUGAAAAUGUGUAUGUAACACCAAGAUACUGUAUAGUGGUUUAUUUAUUUAUUUAUUUAUCUUUACUUAUAUCUCAAUCUUAAAAAUCUAGGUGAUUCAAAACUUGUGGCCAUAGCUGUAUUUUAAAAAUAAAUAGCGAUAACAUUUGCAAUUUUUUAAAAUAUUAAAUCAAUUAAUUCAGGAAUUAUUUUACCUGGCAGAUCUUUACGUUCAUUGUCAGCAGACUAUGCUUUGAUGCAGAUUAAUUUCGAACCCUGUUUACAGCCUCUUCGCAACCUUGUGCUCAGUCUGUCAGUUUGCAGCCUCUCUGUUUCCGGUGUUAAUGAAAGGGCUACAGGCUGUUCGGAUAAGUCAGACACAACCUGAUUGGUAACUGGCAUGUCUUGACUAAACUCGUUCUCGAAAUCUAGGCUUGUGCCACUAUACUCCUGUUAUUGGAUUUGCUUCCCAUGGUGUUGCAUACCAAAUUUCUUAAUUCUGUCAUGAAUAUUUUCACUACUAAGAUUAGACUUUAUUUAUUUAUUAUCAUAAUCGAUAUCAAAAAGUGCUUAGAACACUUACUCGUUAUUGUGUGAAUACAAGUAUAUUGCAGGAAUAAGAAGAGGAAACAGCAACAGCAUGUUGUGAGUUUUAACUCCAUGCAGUGUUUAGUAUGGUUUAAACUGUGAAUUCUGCUCUGAAGGAUUUGAUACUGUGACCGACUGGCUUCAUGUUAUUACCAAAGCACAUUUUUUUCAAGUGGAGAAUAAACCACUGCACUAUUACGUAAACAAUUGUAAAGUUUAUAAAACAUAAACAGUUUAUUGGAUAGCACCCAAAUGCAACCUGAAGCAUCUAUAAAAGACUAUGAGUUUAGAGCAGAUCAGCAACAUUUCAGGACAGUUAUCAAUCCACUAUGUAAUGUGACAGCGUCACGACAGGCAGACCAACAUGAACCUAAAAAUAACGUGUUAGAUAAUUAUACUAACACAUUAUGUGAAAACAAUCUAGAAACUAAUUAUGUGAUUUUUUUUUUUUUUUUUUAAUCAAUUACCCUGUAAUAUAUAUCAUGUAAAUAGGGGCAGAUGACAAUUUUGAAGACAGAAAUAGAAUCCACCUACAAUUUUGUGAUAUAGGCUUCUAUCAAUUUUACUAUCACAAAAAAAAAUAAUGUUUUAAUGCAACAGUAAUGCAAACAUAAAAACAUCUCGGUCACGCCUCACAUGCCUCGCACUCAACCACGGGGUGUAGUUUAUAUCUAUGACGUUGUGUUUAGACACACAUGUUUGGGUGUCUGCAUGAAACCUAAACAAAAACUAAAUCUUCACAUACAAAUUUUGCUUAGCCUAUUUGGAGGAUUAUAUGGUUCCCGUAAGUGAAAAUAAAUAUUUCAUGCAAUUGUGAAAAAAAUUAAUUCAGUUGGUAAAAUUAGGCUUCAGUAUGUAAUCACAUGAUGGUUUAACACGUUUUUUUUUAAAGAGGGAAACAUUAAAUACAUUUUUAGCUCUCAGGACCUAUAUGAAUUUAAGGAGUAACUUUGGUCUCGAUAUGUAAAAGCUGAAUUUCAUUUUUGAAAUGCGGCUAGAUUAUUAAUAUACUGUUCUUAAGGUACCUUUACAUACCAGUACUGUGAGCAACACCAGCGAAUGUUUAGCCUACAGUUGUUGUAACUAAAGUAUUAUUGUAUAUAUGUGUGUGUUUGUAUGCUCUACAAUUAUGUGAGUUGUAUGUCAUGUAAAGUUUUAUGUAUUGUCUUAUUCACAAUUGCCACUUUUUGAAAUAUAGCCUAGUUUAUAUUAAAAUGUUUAUGCUUGUUUUUUUUUUAAAUUUGAUUGCCUAGUUUUGCUGCCUUAUGGCUUUAAAAGUAUUAUAUACAUAUAUAAUAUGUUUCUCAUAGUAUUAACUUAGCAUUCUAAUUGAACUAUGGAUGGUAUUUCAAGACAGUGUGUAACAUACAUUUAUUAAUUAACAAUAUUAAAGCAUCAAUACAUGUUCUUAAACAGGGAGUGAAAGAACAUGAAGUCAUAGGGGUUGACCUAGGACCUACCAGCUUCUACACUCCAUCGUUGACUUGGAGGCAGGGAGAGAAGCAAAGUAAAUCAAGACCUCUAAAAUGAAAGAGAGAUAGUGUGAGACUGAUCAAAAUAAACAGUGCACUUUAGAAAUGAGGGUUGGCCUAAUCUUGCAUUUUGGGGAGACUGAACAAUGGUAUUGCACAGAAAGGGGGCAAUCAGCGUAGACACAAAGGAGACAGCAAAGAGUUUGUUUAUGUAAAAUGAUCAGGGAAAAAUAACACAUCUGCCUUCUGUAGCAUUCUGUAUCUUUUCCAUUUACGUGAUGUAUAUAAUCUCAGGGCUGUGCUGCUCUGAUUAAUUCAGUUACAAUAUUGUAAUCUUCUGACUUCACCUGAUUGUGAGCUUGCUUGAAGAAUCCAUUGAAUAGACUUCCACAUUCCAUUUAAAUCAAGAUUUUAAUGAGAAGACCAUAUCACAAGUGCAGUCAUUCCCCAAAAUGCUUUCCAUUUUCUGUGAAUACCGAAUGACUAGGUGGUUAUUGCCCAUUAAUCCACUUGUUUACUAAAUACCUUAAUAUCCCUGAUUAGAUUAUUGCCCCCUUUUCAAAAAUAAGCCAAAGGUUGUAACAAGCAAGAAGUCCCAGAAGUGCAUUGCUAAAUGUAAUCCAGAAUAACUUGGAGGGAUAUUUGUUCUUCAUUGUCCUCAAAGAAAUGUUUCUGCAAGAAUGGCUGCCAUCAUUCAUACAUCAUUAAGUAUGAAAACUGUCUUGGCAAGCACCAUUGUAGAAACAAAAUUGAGGUUAAAAGAAGGACAAACAACCCCACAAAGUUACUCUGCAUUGGCAGUAAAUGGAUACUACACUAAUUGGAUGUCUUGCUUAUUGAAGUCUGUUGCCAAUUUUUGAAGAGGAGACCAUUAUCUGUUCAGAGUUACUAAAAUAUUUAGAAAACAAGUGAGAGCAGGUAAGGCCUCUGAGUCUUUGAUUUCUCACUGAGUGUGAUGUAAGCCAGAUUUCUAAACUAGUUCUAUACUAUGGUUGAGAUUUUGCUAAAGCUUGUUUACAUACUGUAAUGCAUUCAAGCAUUGAGAGGAACUUGUAGUUCCUCGCGCCAAUUUAUCAGCGAAGCGCGAGAACUGCCAGACUCUAUACAGCAAGGAUAGUUUAUGUGUUUUUUGAGGGUAUUGGCGCAGCAAAAGUAAAUCAGCCAAAAGCACAAUUUAAUUUUUAAUUUGUAUUUCCCAACACUCUUAGGUGAAAUGUAGAAAAAAAAAGUCAAUACCUGUCAUACAGUAAGAUAAAUAAGUUGCCAAAGUAAGGUAAAAAUGUCCUCCUUUUUCUCCCAAUGUAUUUUUUUGCAGACCCCAGGCACAUUUAUUCAUGCAUAGGUGUAUUACAGGACAUCCAAGUUUAAUGACAAUUAACUUGUUUUGUCAACAUGGAAAUAUACUAGGGAACGCACUUAUUUUGACAUAUGUAUCAUUUAUAUUAAACGAUUUAUUGAUAUUUUAAAAUGGACUAGUCGCACGCAUCACACACCAAAAAGAAAUACUUUUUUGAAGACCCCAGGGAGUGUUUUCCACCCAUAUAUAUAUUACAGGACAUCCAAGUUUUAAUGACAAUUAACUUGUUUUGUCAACAUGGAAAUAUACUAAGGAACCCACUUAUUGUGACGUCUAUGUCAUUUAUAUUAAAUUAUUUAUUUGUGUUUUAAAAUGGAACAUUUGCCUACAAAAAAUAUAUUUUAUAUAUAAAUAUAAAAAAAGGUCUGACAUGCGUGGGAUUUGAUAAAACUAUAAAGUUUGCAAGCGUGUUGUGUUACACUGUCAGUGCUACAUGAUUAGUUGAGACAAGCAGUAUUUUGAAAGGUGAAGUCAGCCAGCUCAGGACUUUGUUAUAUUUUGGAGAUUUUUCGAGUCAUCGUCAUCAUCAUCAGCAUCAUCAUCAUCAUCAUCAUCAUUCUGAGACUGAUCUUGAGCUCUGAAAAAUGUUGGUUUCCUGUCAGUGUAAUGCUCAUUGUGGUCCCUAUUGGCACAAGGAAGUACGGUUCCUUUCAAUGCUGGUUGAUGAGAGUAACGCUAUUUGUGGUCCCCACUGGACAAAAAGGAACAUACAUUUUUCUGAGAAUUAGCUAUGCUGAAGGACAGCCUAUAUAGUUGGUAAAAGUAAAACAAUAAUAAAUAUUGAAAUAAAUGAAAACAUAAAUCAAUAGACAAUAAAUCAAUUUCUUUCUUUAUCUUGAUAUUUCUUUUUUCACUAUCAUAUAAACACUGCCAUUUAAUACUGUAUGAAAUGAAAAUAAAUACUCAACCGUUCUUGUUCAAUUGUAUAUUAGUGAAGAUUUUUGUACAUAAAGGUAGUCAUGCUUUCAUAUAUUUUUACUUUCAAAUUA